UCAUGCUUAUGUUCUCGUGUUAUCGCGAGCCCCUUUUUGUUUACAAAUAGCUCGUGCAUCUGGGAUCUCUGACUGCUAACUCCGCGCAUUUCUCCUGCUUGUUUCUAUCGUACUGAAUGAAUAUUGAGGUCAUCCUUUUCAAGCUACAAGGCUUGAAAAUAGUUGUUUAUAUUUCCGGACAUUUUAACCUUAAUUUAGUUUUUACCGGGACUGUCAAUAACUUGACGCACGGUGUCGUACGUUAAAGACGCCGCCUUAUUCGCGAUGCACACGUCCGUGCGUGAAAUCCACUUCUCACUUCAGUCAGACUUUUCCUACUUUCUACGAGUUGACUCGGAGGGGAGGAGCUUAGGCUUAGGCUUCCAGUUGGUUCUGACUGAUGGACAGAAGGCAUGGAGAGGAAAAGUGAGUGAGGCGAUGGUGAAUGAUGAAGCAGAGGAGCUGGAGAUGCCCAAGGAGAAGUACAUCCAUGACCUCCAGCAGGCUCUAACAGAGGUAGAGAGCUCAGCCUCGUACUGCUUCACCCUGAAGCCAAAUCCACCAACCAGUAGCUGUGCUGUGACACUGACAUACGAGAAGAUGCAGAAGGACAUCUCAUUCAAACUGGGUUCUGUCUUGUUGGAAGCUGUCAAGGAGCCAGCAGAGGUUGUGAGGGAGGUGCUGACCCACACUCUUCAACAAGGAAAUGCACUGCAGCGGCACAACCACAAACUGAGGGAGGAGAACCAGAGGCUGAUACAAGAACACAAACGCAUCACUGAAGAGGUGAAGCGCUACGCUGAAGGUAAAGAGGCCCUGGAGGCAGAGCUGUAUUCCCGGUUUGUUCUGGUCCUCAAUGAGAAGAAAACAAAGAUUCGCAGUCUGCAGGAGGCUGUCACAAACCUGCAGGAAACAAGCUGUAGAACCUCUGAUGGACUAAAGAACAAGGACUCUGUAAAGUCGGAUCGAACAGCAGGUCAAAACCGCAAGGAAGAUGAAUAUGGAGGCAGCACUGAUGAAGAGCUGACAGAAGAGGAGUCAACAGCAGCUUCUCAUUUACCAUCAAGAGAUUCUGCCACUCCGAGCCCCUUGAAUCUCCGUGACAUCACAGAUGUUGCUCCCUGUCGCAAGCGUCGUUUCCGCCAUCUUGGGGCCCCAGAGCUCACUGUAAAAAAACUAAACCCAGAGGUGGUACAGAAGAAAAGAACGGACUCCUGUGCAGCAUCCAGUCAGCUGCAGAUUCCCCAGCCCUCUCCAGAUGCUUCAAAAGCAACUUCAGCAGCUGAAGAUUUAUUUGAUGAUUUCUGACUUUAAAGGACUCAGUUCCAUAACUGCUGCAAUUAUUUUCGUAUCACAGACAUCUUUUUUUCUCUGAUACUAAACCUGUUUAUAAUUGGCUGCUGCUACAGAAAGUUUAUAUGAUAUAUUUUAGUACUUGAGGAUACUGAUAAUCAAGGCAUUCAUAAAAUAUACAUAUUUUUGGCUAAAAUCCCUGUGAACUGGAAUGUAAUUUGAAUGGGUGUCAUAUUAAAUAAAAGAACAGUGUACAUGUAAAGGAAGAGUUACUGUACUUAUACCGCGUUAUGUAAGUCUGAUUAAUGUCACAGUUGUUCUGAUGAGCAGUUUAUUUUACAAUGUGUAAAAAUAUAAAUGCCUUAGUCUUUCUGGGGCUUUUCACCCUUUUGUAUGCUGUUAAAUACAGAAACAAGAACAACAAAGAUGUUUUUUUUAUUACCACCUUUUGCUACAGAGAUAUUAGAUAAAACCUUUAUAAAGUUCUAUAACUUCAGAAAUAGAUUUUUUUGUUUUUCAUUCAGUUUUGAUUUUCUUACUGUGAUUCUAAAGUAACACAACCUUAUCAAUACGUUAGGCACUAUCUGUAGUAUGCAGCUUCGUAUUGCAUCAUUGCUCGUAGAAUUAUCCAUCUUUCCCAUCGGUAAAUUUAUUAACAACUUCACAAUGAAUUGUAUUUGCUGUUAAAUAAAGAUUUGUAACAAGCCUA